AUGGAAAAUAUGUUGGACCCACCUGCUGAAGGUUUAGAGACACCAAGAUCUAGUACUGAAAAUGUUUCCACGGUCCUUUCACAAACCAGUGCUACUUCUACAUUCCUGAAGAAUGCUGGUCUUGAAACACCAGGGUCAAAUCUUGCAUCAGCUGCAAGAGAAGCACAACUUCGGGAACAGCUACAGGCGGAGAAGAUACGGGCUAAUCUACUUCAACAAGAACUCGAUACCCUGAAGAAGAAAGGUGAAGAAACAGAAGAAUCAUUGGCCAAGACCCAAGAAGUUAUGCGUAGGACCCAGCAAGAGAUGGAGGAGUUCAAGAAGAAACAAGAAGCGAAUGAUCUGAUUAUUCAACGCAUCUUGAACCUCAACUUAGGUAAUAGAGCUACUUAG